GACUCUACUUUACCGUCUGUCGAUGAGCCGGUUACAAGCAUGGCCGAAUAACCCUUUCAAAAGUGUCAAGACGUACUUGUUUGUGUUUGAUGAACAAUUCCUCACGUGUUUAGUUAUUAUCAUUCGACAGGAUGAGGUAUGGACAGCUGGUGAUGGGUCCAGCAGGCAGUGGCAAGUCCACUUACUGCAGUACAAUGCAGAAACAAGCAGCUGAUGACAACAAAAUCGUUCACAUCGUGAAUCUGGACCCAGCUGCUGAAUUUUUUGACUAUGAACCACUGGUGGAUAUCAGAGAAUUAAUUCACGUCGAUGACGCCAUGGAAGACGAGGAAUUGAAAUUUGGACCUAAUGGGGGGCUGGUGUUCUGCAUGGAAUAUUUAAUUGAAAAUUCAACAUGGCUAGAAGAACAGCUGGGUGACACUGACGACGACUACAUAAUCUUCGACUGUCCAGGACAGAUCGAGCUCUACAGUCACAUGACAGUCGUCAGUGACCUGAUAAAAACCCUCCAGAACCUCAACUUUCGUCUUUGUGGGGUAUUCCUGGUUGACAGCCAGUUCAUGGUCGACGCCUCGAAGUUCCUGUCAGGAACGAUGGCAGCACUCAGUGUCAUGAUAAACCUGGAGCUCCCCCAUAUAAACGUUCUGUCAAAGGUAGACCUAUUAUCGAAGUCGGCUAAGAAACAACUGGACAAGUACCUCGAGCCAGACCCCUACAGUCUCCUGGCAGACCUCGACGACGAGCCUUGGAACGAAAAGUACAGGAGUUUGACUGAAGCCCUGGGGAGGCUAAUCGAAGAUUACAGCCUCGUCAGGUUUUACCCAUUGAAUAUUAAAAACGAAGAAAGCAUUGCGGAUAUCAAGAUCACGAUUGAUAAUAUGAUUCAGUAUGGGGAGGAGGAGGACGUGAGGAUGAGGGACUUUGACGAACCUGAGCCAGAUGAUGAUUAAUUAGUUUUCCAUAGAUUAGAAAUUCCAAUUUUUUUUUUACAAAAUAAAAAUAUAUAUUUACUUUGAGUAACAAAAAAUC